AGACAAAUAUUAUUUAUUAUCUUGUUGUUUGAGCACCUUGCGAAAAGUAUUAUGGAGUUGAUUAGUAAAUGGACAUGCUGUUCGUUGAACUAUUAAGUUUACAUUAUGAUUUGAACCUAAUUUUAAAAUAAUGGAUUUCUAGAUAACCAUUGGGCUAUGUAGUUUAAAGUUUUUCUCUUAAGGUCCAAGAAGCAAACAAGUGUGUAAAAUGGCAGAAUCACAAAUAGCAAACAUUGUUAAUGAAAUACUUGUACAAGAAGCAAACAAGUGUGUAAAAAUGGCAGAAUCACAAAUAGCAAACAUUGUUAAUGAAAUACUUCAUGUUGAAGCUGUAGAAGAAGCUUUCAGCUGUUUUUUAGUACACCAACCUGGCCAGGAUAAUGAGAUUUUGAAUAUGCAUCUUAAGAAGUUUUCUGCUAUAAUGUCUGGUGCUACUGCAGAGUAUCAAGAUACAAUUAUCCGCAAGUACUUGGCUCUGACUGCAGUUUUAACGAACUGUAGGCACAUGAAGAAACUAAUCAUCCUUUUGGAAAACUUAGUAAACACAAAUGUUAUUCAAGCAAGGAUGCUAUGCGAUAGUGUACUUUCCUGUGAGAGACUAAAAUAUCAAAAUGCUGAGUUUUGGAUAGAGUGCUUCAAUCUGAUGAGAAGAAUAAUUGGUGGUGUUGAUUAUAAAGGUGUUCGAGAUGUUAUGAAGGGUUGUCGAGACAAAGCUCUCACAUUACCUGUAAAAUUAAGUUCCAGUACAAUGCCACAAAUGAAAGCUGUGUAUAACAUACUGGAAUAUAUUUUUGACCGAAAUGCAUCACUUUUACCUGCAUACUUCAUAGUGACAGAGAUACAAAAGGAUUAUCCUGACAAUAGGCAUUGGCCGCACUGGCAACUAGCAAAACUAUUUACGAAAUUUGUGGAAAGUUUUAAGCCGUGUGCUCAAAUGGUUACAAUAAUUGGUCACUCAAAAAUGUUACCAAUAGUUGAAUUCUCCGUUUAUGCCGACCACCUUGUAAAUCCAUGGCGGCUUGAUCCCACAACAUUGAAAUUUUGCUUAAAAGGGAAUCUACCAUAUGACGAUGAGCUGUUUAAGCCUCAAAUUGACUUGUUAAAACAUGUUUUACAACAGCCAUAUUCACGUGACACGAUGUGUUCGAUGUUAGGUCUUCAAAAACAGCAUAAACAAAGAUGUAUAGCACUGGAGGACCAAUUGGUUGAGCUAAUGAUAUUACCAAUGGAACGUGGCGACCAAGAGAGUGAUGAAGACGAAAUGUCAUCCACGCAUUGGUGUUGGCUACAUUUAUCGUCACAAGUUAUUUAUUUAAUAUUGAUUGGUUUUGCGUCAUUUCCAAAUAUAGUAAUGGGGUUACAUAGCAAGUUGAUAGGGCAAGAUAUGAAGAAAGGUAGGGACCAUCUGAUGUGGGUGUUGCUUCAAUAUAUAUCUGGAAGCAUACAAAGGAAUCCUUUGUCAACCUUUUUGCCGAUUAUAAAAUUGCAUGAAUUGCUCUACCCUGAGAAAGAGCCGAUUCCGGUACCGGAUUGUACAAAAGCAUAUUGUACCCAUCAGUUGGCUGUCCUUUGCAUUUGGAUGCAUUUGUUGAAGAAAGCUGAGUCUGAACAUAAGACUAUGGUGAUGCCGCAAAAUUUGAAGCUUCAAUAUGAAUUUCUUCAACAUCUAAUGUCGUCGAACAAUGUCCCAUCACUCAUAGGAUCAGACUACAGAAUAGCGCUUUUGUGCAACGCAUACUCAACAAACCAGGAGUUCUUUGCCCGACCAAUGGGUAUAAUGAUAGAGACAUUGCUGGGUAACCAGAAGGCGUUACCCAACGGAAAUCCAUCCACACCGUUACCCACAGUACCGUUAUCUAUGUGUAUACUGGACAGUUUGACCCUGCAUUGCAAAAUGUCGUUAAUACAUUCAAUAGUGACUCAUGUAGCGAAAUUGGCGCAGAAUAAAACUAAUAUACCGAAUAUGAUGGCACCGGCCUUGGUGGAGACAUACAGUCGCUUGUUGGUGUAUACUGAAAUCGAAUCGCUUGGCAUUAAAGGAUUCAUAAAUCAAUUAUUGCCGAAUGUUUUCAAAUCUCACGCUUGGGGUAUUCUCCACAAUCUACUGGAUAUGUUCUCAUAUCGGAUUCAUCACUUUCAGCCUCACUAUAGAGUGACAUUGCUGUCAAACAUACACUCACUCGCUGCUUAUCCACAAGCAAAUCAAACUCAGCUGCAACUAUGUUUUGAGAGCACCGCCCUCCGAUUAAUAACUAGCCUCAGUAGUUCGGGCGUUCAAAUGCAAAUGUCCCGAGUUGUGACUGAGCCGAAGUCACUUGUGUCAAGCGAGAGUGAGGAGCUCAACCGAGUGCUUGUUCUCACUCUAGCACGUGGAAUUUAUAUGAGCGGUGCGGGUAGUGAUAGCGCCGCGGUUAAAGAGUUGCUCACGACGAUUAUGACAAACACACCACACAUGUGGUCGCAGCACACGCUGCAAUGUUUCCCGCCGGUCCUUGUCGAAUUUUUUACACAGAACCCUGCUACAAAGGAAAAUAAGCAGGUCCUAAAGAAGACUGUUGAGGAGGAGUAUCGGAAAUGGACAUCGAUGGCGAAUGAUAACGAUAUAAUAUCACAUUUCUCGGUUCCCGGAACGCCGCUUUUCCUCUGUCUCCUUUGGAAGAUGAUUUUUGAGACGAAUCGAAUUAAUCCAAUUGCGUUUAAAAUCCUGGAGCGUAUUGGAGCUAGAGCUUUGUCAGCGCAUUUAAGGAAAUUCUGCGAUUAUUUGAUGUUUGAAGUGACGAAUCCAGCCGGGGGGCCUCAUAUAAACAAAUGCGUCGACGCAAUCAACGAUAUUAUAUGGAAAUACAACAUCGUAACAAUAGAUCGUCUGGUUUUGUGUCUGGUAUUACGACCAAAUCCAGAUGGAAAUGAGAGUCAGGUGUGUCUGUAUAUUAUACAACUUUUAUUACUAAAAGGUUCGGAAUUGAGAAAUAGAGCGCAAGACUUUGUUAAGGAGAAUUCGCCGGAACAUUGGAAACAGAAUAAUUGGUAUGAAAAGCAUUUAGCAUUCCAUCGUAAAUACCCAGAGAAGUUUGCCCCAGAAGAGGCAGGUGGGGCGUAUGGAGCACCGAUACCAGUUUACUUGAGCAACGUGUGCUUACGAUUCAUACCUGUGUUAGAUAUAGUCGUACACAGGCAUUUAGAAAUUCCUCAAGUAUGUAAGAACCUGGAACAGCUGCUGGAACACCUGGGUUACCUUUAUAAGUUUCAUGAACGCCCUGUAUCAUUCCUAUACAACACAUUACACUACUACGAAACGAAAUUACGAGAUAAGCCACUAUUAAAACGGAAACUCGUGUCCGCUGUAUAUGGGGCGUUGAAGGAGGUGAGGCCGGCUGGUUGGGCGACCACCGAAGCCUUCCAGAAUUUCCUUCCCGAUCCGAAUAAAGACAGAGUUCCACAGAAUUCGGAGACUGAGUUCUUGGCUUGGGCCCCGGAAUUGAAUUACUAUUUGAGCUUGGUUACACGAAUGGUUGACACAAUGACGGGCCAUUCACAUUUCCCAAACACCGAUUGGCGCUUCAACGAGUACCCAAAUCCCUCAGCGCACUGUUUGUAUGUCACGUGCGUCGAACUCAUGACCCUUCCAGUACCACCCGCUGAUGUAGCCAAUAACCUAUUGGAUGUAGUUACCAAAGGUUUCAUAGUCAUCCCAGCGACAAAGAUUCAACUUUGGAUAAAUGCCAUAGGAAUCAUCAUGGCGUCUUUACCCGAAGCCUACUGGAUUGUGUUAUAUGACCGUAUAGUUGAACUAACAACAGCCUCCGAUAUGGUUGAAUGGUCCAACGAGUACACCCCUUUUCAGCUGUUUAAUCUUAAAAUGACGAAUUAUGCGAUGUUGGAGAACAAAUUCAGUUUGACUUUGGCGUUGACACACGCUUUCUGGUACCAUGCUGGCGCGGGCCUUAUCACGCAGAUGCCUACUUUUGUCAAAGAGAGACUAUCUCCCGAGAUCCAUACAGAAUCCCAAUUGAUAUAUCUCUGCCACCUGGUUGGUCCGUUCCUGCAGAGAUUCAACUCGGAUAUAUCAAGAGCUGUCAUGGAGAUCACCAUACUUUUAUAUGAGCUGUUGGCUCAUGUGGACAAGACUCAGGCGCAUUUGGACUUUAUUGAUCCAAUUUGUGAUUUACUAUAUCACAUAAAAUACAUGUUUGUGGGUGACACGUUAAAGAACGAACUUGAAACGGUUAUUCGUAAACUUCGUCCCGCUUUACAAAUGCGUUUACGCUUCAUUACACAUUUGAACGUCGAAGAAAUCUUCUAGCAGCACGACUACUACAGCUAUACGCCUUCUAGCUCGAGUUCGAACUCAGAAUAAGUUAGCUGUAGUAUCACCCUACGAAUGUUAUAACGAAGCUUCCAGUUUCAAGAAUCGAAGUGCCGAUUGCCAUAUACGAAGCGUUUAUUUAAACAGGUAUUCACAAGAAAUAAAUAAAAGCGAUUGGAAGGGAGUUUGUUAGAAUGUUCUAGUACUGUUGUUGUCUACUUUGUCAAUACAAAAUCUGUGAUGUGUUAAACAAUCACAUUUCACAACUCUUCCAUCCGGUUUUAUAUAUUAUGUUGAGGCAUUAAUGUCAAAAAAACAAAUGAUUUCGAUUUUAAUUAGGAAUCGCAAAUUCGAUUUUUCCAUUUGUUACGAAGUUUCCAUUUAAGUCGUUGCAAGUCCACAUUCGAUGUUUAUUAUUUUCUAUAUAUUACGUUUCAUGUAGGGAUCAUAUGAAUUGAGAAUUUUUUCACUGCUUAUUAAUUAACAAACGUACAUAAGUCGGUGAAUAGAAUGUUUUGCCUUUUUUUCAAAUGGCUAGAGUGAUAUUUUAAGCUUCUUGGCUUUGGCUCUAAUACUUCAAAGACGUUAAUUGCAAUCGAAAACGUAAUCGCAAAACUAUUCAUUUAUGAUAUACUGUAUUGAGAUGAAUUGAGAAAGAUGUAUCGAACUAUAGGAACAAUACCUACCUAAGAAUAAUAACGUCGCACCAACGAGAAUGAUCUAAGAGCGAGGUAGAAGAUUUAUUCUGAUAUACAGACAACACACGCUUUUGACGUACUCAAUUUUAUUAAAUGAUUGAAUUAAAUUUAUGCUUUAAAUGAUUUCUGCGAGUUAUAUAUACCAUUAAUAAUAAACCAUAAUGUAAGACUUAACCUGUUUUAUAUAUGAAAUAUGAAAAUAGAUUAUAGGCUCUUGGUCGACAACAGGGUACAAAUGUCACGAAAUUCAUCACACUGAUCGAAAAGUAAUUAAUAUAAUGUUUGUGUAUGAACAGUUAUGAUCAAUUAAUUGUAUGAUUUUUUUCUAUAUAUAAUAAUAAGUAUUUAUGUGAAAUUUAGAAACAUUGAUUUUAAUAAUAAAACGAGACAUUUAUGAAUAAAUGGCGAGAUCAAACAGUUUAAUGUAUAAGGUUUUAUCUUUUGUGUUUUAAUACUUGUGACUUUUUUCCUUAUCUCCUCGAUGGAGAUAACACGAAUAUAUAUUUUUUUUCAUUUUGACAAGAUACUUCAGAUAAACUUAUCUCUAGAUCGCUAGAUCGAAUUGUCAAUGUCAAUCUACGAGUGACUAUACUAUGGAAAUGUUACGUGUCAAAUUACGCUUUUAAUAUUUAAAGAUUAAUGUUCCCGAAUGUUACUGUUUUACAGUUAAAAUUUUUAUUUAUUUGUAUAAACGUUUAAUUUAUUAAUUAUUAUUAUUUUAACGAAUAAAUGUUUUGUGUCGUUUACUCAGUAAUUUAGUAGAAUCAUGAAUAAAACCUUUAGUUUUAUGAUAUCUGACAUUUAUGUAUGCGCUUAUAACGACACUUAUAUAAAACUGCAAAACUGUGCCAAAUGAGCCUAGCGAACAAAUAUUUAGACAUCUUUGGCAAAACCACAGAACACAACUAAAAUAGACAAAAAGCAAAUUUCGAAACAGUAUUUAUGGUAUUGUUAUUCGUAGAUCUGUUAGGUAUAGUUAUAUAGUUUCACGUAAGCAAUAAAUUACUUGUGAAUAAUAUACGGCAGUAAAUAUAAAAUCCAUGAGAUCACGAGCUGGCUGUAAGUCAUGAAAUAUUUUUUCUAUAUUGGUUGUGAACAGCUCUUAAGGUCUUUGAGAUUUUAAUGUACGAAAUAACGUAAUUGCAUUAAUAGUAAAAAAACAUAUAAAAUUUAAAAAAGACGAAAACUUUGUUAAAUCAUCAUUUCAGAAGUUUGUUAGAAUUUAGAGAAUAUUGAAUAGGACGAUAGCAUGGAAGAUUAUUUCUACAAAUUUGACAUUUUAAUUUAUUAGCAUAAGUUAGGUAUGUCCUUCUAAAUAUGUAUUCGUAUUUAAUUGCAAAAAAAGAGCGUACUAACUCUGUAAAGGCCGCCAACACACUCACACACACUAGCAUUAUUUUCCAUUGGCGACGUUACAUGUCCACUUGCCCGUUUGCCCCCUGUUCUAUAAAAGUUAACUAGACAAUUUUACCCCGAAAUAUUUCCAUGAGUUUUGGCGUUUUUGUAAAUUUCAAUAUCUUGAAACUUAAGUUGAUAAGGGCCUAAAUACCGCAUUACUACUAAAAUAUCUAUCAUUUGUAAUUGAAGAUGUUUUGCCGACCGUACAGGGAAGUGUAAGCUCUGAUUGUCCUCUUGGAUACGUAGAUAGAGCCGAUUGUAACAUUUUCCUCCUAUUGUCGUCUGUGGCAAGGAGAAUAUUUUUUUAUUUUCUUCUAAGGCAGUGUUUUCCACACGUUUUUGUCCCACGCCCGGCGUCUUAUGUACCGUAUAUAAUUAUUAAUAUUUAAAAAUUAAAUUGUGUGCGCUAAGUAACUUAAAUUGUGGAUUUUCGAGUAGUCCUCUUAACAGUCAAAUUGGCCCCGUGGGGUGUGGGCUCACGUUGGAAAACACUGUUCUAAUAUUUAAUACCUACUUAUACGUAAGUAGUAAGAAUAUGCGACUAUCACAAUAUGAGUUUUAACUUAUUAAGAUUAAUUAUGUAUAAUAUGUAAUUUAAUCAAAAUUGAAUCGAUUGUAAUUGACUUAUGAUAUAAUAAAUGUUUAUUUAAUUAA